AAUAUUACAUAUUUGGCAUUUGCUUGCCCAUGAUUUAACACGACUAAAAUAAAAUCAUUGCGUCACGGUGAUUUUUAAUCUCCCAGUUGUAUUAAAAUAUGUCAUAUCGAUUGAAUAAAAAAAAAAAAACAAACAAUACAAAAAUAUUAUUUGUUGAUGUCAGCCAUCUUUUAUUUUGAUAAUAAUUCACACUUAUCAGGUAAACUAUAAUACCAUGUGUUGUUACCGUUAUUACGCCAAUACUGAAUGCCAUUCGUUGUAACUUGUGUAAUAGAAAUAUAACUUUCUUGUGGAAUAGAGUAUAUUGUACUCGACGUAUAUCCAUUAUCGCACGUUAAACGUCGCGCUAAACGAAUUUCCGGACUGCAAUUAGCUGCAGUGUAUGAUUACUGUUGAAUCGGUUCAAUCAGUGGUCAUAGGGUGUUACGCGGAGACGAUACUAACAACCGAGCUUGGCCGCACAUCAUCAAAACUUUAGCGAUAAUGUUGAGUGACGAGGAAACUCCGAACACAGAACCGUCUACUUCGGAGACUACUAACCCAGCUGCUGGUUCUGAAACCGAAGUCACUAAUGACGACCACCAACUCCAGAGCACGUCUGUAGCUGAUCCAAACGCUGGUGCCUUGGAGGUGGCCGAAGACAAGACCGUGGCAAACGAUGAGUACAUCCGCCUGCGUGUCAUCACUAGUGACAUGACUAAUGAGGUGCACUUCCGAGUAAAAGCCGCAACAGCCUUGGUUCGCCUGAAACGCUCGUACUGCAGCAAGUUGGGUUUUCAGGUAGAUGAACUGCGUUUUGUGUUUGAUGGUCAUCGAAUCACUGACGAAGAUACACCAAAAUCAUUAGGAAUGAUUAACGAUGAUGUUAUUGAAAUCUACCAAGAAAGAACGGGUGGUAUGUGAUGUAAACGUGUAAAGUUAAUUUAAUUCUUAAUUUAAUAUCUAGGUUUUUUACUGAAGUGUCUUAAAAGUUAAUGAUCAUCACAAAAUAAAUAUGUGUUUAAUACAAACAAUAUAUGUUAAUGGUGGUAUUUCAAUAACAACAUUUUUAAUUCCACAAAUAGAAAAAAAAGUAUUCUUGAACAGCAUUAGUUAAAUGUAUCCAUUCCAAAAUGAUACAAAAUUCAAAUUUGUUAACAAAGUUCAAUCUUUACAUCUAUAAAAAGAAUGUUAACUUUAAUUGUUUUCUUAAAUUAAAUUAAAUAUACAGACGAUCCAAGGUUUCCUCAUUUGUUUUGUUUACCUUGUAGUUUGUGGGGACUGUAUACUAUCCUGUAAUUCAUACCAAUUUUAUUUAAGUGACUUUUUGAAUUGUACGAAUAAUGAAGUAAUAUCAUUUGAUGUAGAAUAAUGCUAUUUAUAUGCUUUAGUACCAAAAACUAGAUACCAAAAUAAUUGUUUUUAUGUCUGUGUUGAUCUAUCACCCCGUAUAUACAUAUAUUUAUAGUUCUUUUUAACAGUUCUUUCUUUAUUUGUAGAUGACCUCUUUUAUCCUAUCAUUCAAUAUUUUUUUAAUCAA